AUGAAUAGUAUCUCGGAUCAGCUGGCAGAUUUCGAAAAAUUACGUAUAUCUGCCCUGACAAAAGCUGCUGAAAUAAGUCCACAUGUAAAAGAAGUGACAAUAGGGCCUAAAAGUCCUGUAAAAAAAUCUAGCAUUAAAGAAAAUGUUCCUGUUAAAAAUUAUGAGAUGCCUACAAACUUGCUAGAGGAUAAGCUUGGCGAUGAUCUACGAUAUACUCUAAUGUUAAAAAGAUAUGAAGCAAAACUUCAAGAGUCCUCCGAGCAACUGUUUAAAAAUUUAGUUGAAAAGAUGAUUGCAAAGCGCACUGAAAGCAUGCGAACAUUUUGGAAAAAGCAGAGUGAAGAGUGCGAGCGUAAAUCACUAGAGCUACGGGCGCGAAAGUUGCAAAUGUUAAAGACAUUACAGGAGAAUGACAAUCUGUCUGUAUUAGACAAAGCUAAAACGGAAGAACAAAAAUUCAAC